AGGAAAGACGAUAACAUAUUUACAUUAUUGCGAUAGCACUACACGUUACAUCCGUUAUUCGCGAGUAGCGUAGCGAGCGUAAUAUUUCAGUUGAUAAUAAAGCCAGACCAUUCGAUCGACAGUAGUCGUCCGACGAACAACGGGCAGAUAUCGGCGCACUAAUGUUGAAGAUCGUACGUAUCCGCGACGUUUUGACAAAAUGUCCUUUGACGCGAUUUUACACGCGGAAGGUAAGCCUACCAGCCAUCGGAGCGGAUCUACAGAAGGAGAUAGACAAGAUGCAGCGCUUCCGAUCGUCAGACCAGCCACCUAUAGUGUGGAAACACAUAGAGAAGACGGACAAGGACGGGAAGCGGUUGAAGUUCACGAUUCAGGAAAUACCCGAGGACCGGUACGAGGACGCGGUUGAACAUAUGUGCGCGAAUUUCUUAGCCGACGAACCGACCUGUAACUGUUUAAAUGCGAUAAAUGAUCCUAUAUUUGUGCAAGACAUAAGCACGUUAUGGCGCCUAUUAAUUGUUGAAGGCAUAUCCAUAGCCGCGUUCAUCGAUAAUCCUAACGGUGGGAAACCCAUAAUUGCCGGUAUGAACGCUAUGGGUAUUGACACUAAAAAUCAGAAAGAUAGCAUUUCCGGUUACCAGUUUAAGUCAGAGAAGUGCAAAAAUACGUUCGAUAUCGUAUCUAAAGCAACGAAGAUAGUGUACGAACGUUAUGGAGUUGACAAGUAUCUGUAUGCUAUUGGACUUAGCGUAGAGCCCGAUUAUCGAGGGUACGGAUUAGGCAAGGAUAUUUUGAAAAUGAGGGAUCUUGUCGGACCUAAAUACGGAGUACCAGCGACAUCCACUGCGUUUACAGCGAUAAAUUCGCAGAAGUCAGCGGCGGGUGCGGGGUUCGAAGUAUUCUAUACGAAAAAAUUCGCCGAUUGUGUGGACGAAAAUGGAAAAGAAUAUUUCCCCGGUAUUAAUUCCAAAGAAUUUCAAAUCAUGGGUAAAAGAUUGCUCUAAUAUGGCCUUGGCGAUACUUAAAAAGAUUUACUUAAUUUUGUAACUUGGAAUAAGUUUUACACACAUUAGUAAAUUCCUAUUGUAAAUUGCUCAAUAUUCCUUAAUAUUACCGUGAUUAUUAUGAUUUAAAUGACCAACAAAGGUCACAUUAUUAUCGAUUUUAAAAACGUAAGCAGACAUAAUUUCCGUUCUGAUAAACAUGUAUCCACGGCACUCGGAAUAUACAUAUAUAAGUAGUUAUUACAAAAGUUUAAUGACAUACCUCCCAUGCAAGCGUCGCGAAAGAGCGUCGUUUUGCGAGUUGCGCAUAACAAAAUCCUAUUAAAUAAUAUUAUAUACAAUUAUCUUCUACGAGAUAACGAAUAAAUUGUUAGUUUUUCCAAGUUUGAUGUAAA